CAUUGAGUUCAUUGCUUGCUCAGUGAAGCAGAUUUCCACAAAUUGGCUGACAGAUUUUUAAUUAAACCUGUACUGGUGUCCUCACUGUCUUGAUAAAAUGAGUCAUGAUCCUAUCAUGUAGAGCACAGUGUUUGAAUUAAAAUGUCCAUAUUCCUUUGUCAGGUUUGGGACAUUCAUUCAUUUCCAGAAUUUCAUUACCAGAUAUUGAUUUACGUUGAAAUGAAAAUGGCCCCCAAACCCUCCAGCCCAACAUCAUCCAUAACUCACCUAUCAAAAAACCUGUCACCUGUCACCCCACGACACACACGCAAACACACAUAUACACAUGCACAUACACACACACACACCUUCUCUCCACAGGCAUCAGAUGCGAGAUGUGCGAGGACAGUUUCCACGGCGACCCCCUGGGCCGGUUCAACCGUGUGAGAAGUGCGACUGUAACGAUAAUGUGGACCCCAACGCGCUGGGCGUGUGUGAUCACAUGACGGGCUGUUGCCUGAAGUGCCUGGGACACACCGAGGGAGACCAUUGCCAACGCUGCCGACACGGUUACUAUGGGGACGCCCUGGACCGCACUGUGGCCCAGAAGUGCAAACGCUGCGGCUGCAGUCCUGCAGGGACUUCUGGGUCGUUGGAGGACUGUGACCCCCAGACAGGAAGUUGUCUUUGCCCUAGUCAUGUGACCGGGCGAGACUGUGGUCAGUGUGAGGUGGGCUUCUUCAACCUGCAGUCUGGAGUAGGCUGUGAGAGGUGCACCUGUAACCCCAUUGGCUCAUCAUCCAUGGCUUGCCACCAAAUCACAGGCCAGUGUGUGUGUCGGCUGGGACUGGAGGGGCGGCUGUGCAGCACAUGUCGUAUGGGCUUCUAUGGUUUCUCCUCACGGGGCUGCAGAGCCUGUAAUUGCGACCCAAUGGGUUCCAGCUCCAUGCAGUGCCACACCAACGGCACCUGUCCCUGCCGCCAGGGCUUCGUGGGGUACAAGUGUGACCAAUGUGAGCUCAACUACUUCCACAACAGAGCCACACACCAGUGUGAGGAGUGCCACAUCUGCUAUGGGCUAGUCAAGGAGCAGGCAGGGAGGCUGAAGGCUCGGCUGCAGGAUUUGGAGAAUCUGCUAGCACGCUUCGACUGCCGGAGGGGCUACGGGAACCACCAUCAUGUGCGGGAGUAUCACAUGCGACAGCUUCACGAGCGACAGCAUCACGAGCGUGGGCAUCAGGGGGAGGACAGCCUGCCCAAUGCGCUGGAGGACUUCCUGGCUAUCCAAGAGGCAAAGGAAGCCUUGGUUAAACAGUUUGCUAUCAUGGAGACGUCUACACACACUCUCUCAGCCCAGCUGCACAAUGUUACCCCAGCUAUGAACUGUAGUGCCAGCAUGGAAGAAGAGCAGGAGGAGGAGAAAAAGGAGAAGGGGAAGGAGGACGGGCGGAGAACAUUGUGUAGUACCCUUGGUGACGCUCUAUCAGUGGUCAGAAGUGCACAGACACAGCUGAAGCAGGCAACACUGGACCUGGACAACAUGGUCAUUCCUUUCGAGGUGCCACCGGUGCCCAACCGAUGGAACUCAGCGGUGAACCAAUCAGAGGUCCUUAUGAAAAGCCACACAGAGAUGUCUGGUCGUAUAGAGUCUAUAGCUACCAAGGCAUUCAUGGCCUCCAACCAGACCUACUCUCUACUGAUGGACCUACUGGAGGACAACUCUACAAAGGAAUACAUCAGCAACCUCACAGAGCAACUGGCAGACAUGCAGCAGAUAAAGGAGAAUCUGACUGCCCAAGUGAAUAGGACUCUAGACAAUCAAUUGUCUCUGGAGGAGGAGUCUGCUGUCUUGAUGUCUUGGUUGCCCUAGGAAACCUCACCUCCUCCCUAUUGGAGCUGUCCCAGAGGAGGCCCAAAUCCACAUCAGGAACCAACCAAUCAGAUCUCAGACCAACACAGGGUUACAACCAAUCAGACCCCAGCCUCGCACCGGCUGCCA